UAGAAUUAAGGCAUGUGAAUCCAUUUCUUAGUAUUAAUUUUUGCGUGAUGUUAAUUUCAGAUCGUGUAGAAUGACUUCGGAACCACUUUGGUCAAGAAAUAAAAAUGGUGAAUACUGUCUAAUAUUUCCUAAUAAACAUGCCGUUAGUUUCAAUGAAAUAAAAAGAAUAUUUUCAAAAUUUGGAAAUGUUACACAAAUUAAAGUAGCAGGUAAUAAAACGGGAUUUCAUUUUAUACAAUAUUUAACUUUAAAUGAAGUAGAAAGGGCAAUCAAUGGAUUAAAAGAACAUGCAACUAUUAAACUUGUACUACAUCGGCCACAGUGCUAUUCACAAUCAAAUUGUAAUGUUAAAAGGAAAGUGCAAGUACAUACAAUACAAAAUGAUCAAACUUCCAAAAUGGAAAAUCAAGGAAAGAGUAAUAAUACCAUACAAUUGGGGCAUAAAGUUAAAACAGAAAAACUUUUAAUUGAAAAUUCAGAAUGUGUAAAUAGUGAUAAUAAUAUCCCAUGUGGUAGUGAUAAUUCAAUUAAUAGCUAUUAUUUAAAUGGACAAUAUUUGUCAGGAAGUGAAAGAAUUUAUGCUAAAAGUAUGAAUGAUGAUAGUAAUACUAUGGGUAAACAAGAAGUCAAACCAAAGCAUUUAAAUAGUAAUAUUGAAAUAUGCGAGUAUAAUUCAGAGAAUGAAACAGAUUAUACCAAAACUGAUGAUGAUAUUCCCAAUCUUGUUAAAAGAACCAAUUCAAAUGCAAUAUCCAAAAUACAAAUUUUGGAUGCAGAAGCAAUUAUAGUAGCCAAUAUUCAUGAAAAUUAUGGUUGCGGAUAUAUUUUGCACUUAUUUGAACAUGCUAGGCCAUUAGCCAUCAGUUAUAUUACAUUAUUGCCAAACAGUAAUACUCGUUAUUGUUAUGUUUAUUUUGAAACAUUGAAAGACACGAUAGAAAUUGAACAGCACUUUGAUAAGUACAAUUUGUCUGGAAAAAAAUUAAUUGUAUUAAGACCUUCUAGAUUGAUAGAAGAAGCUAUGAGCAAUUGAAA